GAAAGCGCCUGAAUUUGACGGCAUCAGAGCCUCCUAUCACUGGGAUCGCGUGAUAUACCACCAUACUUAGUACAACUUGAAUGUAUAUUCGGAGCGGUGACCCGGCGGUCUUCCUGGCUGGCUUACUCAUGCCACAUCGGGCUCAAAUAGUCCCUUUCACUCGACGCGCAGGCCGAGAUAACAUCCAGAUCAACGAAAAUCUUGAAGCUCCCAAAGCAAGGUCAUGGGAUCAAUAGUCGUCGUCGCAGGAAUCGGGAACGGUUCGGGGACUGGUGCUGCAGCAGCGCGAUUGUUCGCAAGCGAAGGUUAUACUGUGGCCCUCAUUUCCCGUGGGGCGGAUUCCCUCAAUGCGCUUGUGCAGUCAAUCAAGAGUUCUGGGGGACAGGCCAGUGCAUUCCCAGUCUCCGAGUACAGCGAUCAUGAGAUCUCCUCGGCCUUCUCUGCCAUCGAGAAACAGUUUUCGACUCCUGAUUACAGUAUCCGCGCUGCCAUCUUCAACGCUGCCCAUGGUGUUUGGAAGCCUUUCCUGAAUGUCACGCUGGAGGACAUCCGUGCAUCCAACCAAAUCAACGUCGAAUCUUCGUUUGCGUUUUCGCGCUCCGCUAUCCUCGCUUUCCAGAAGAACACUCCUGAAGCAUCGAAUGGCGCCAAAGGAACCUUGAUCUUCACGGGAGCUACUGCAAGUCUGCGAGGGAAUGUCGUGACAAGUGUUUUCUCAGCAGGCAAAUUUGCUUUGCGGGCCUUGUCCCAAAGUUUGGCAAAGGAAUUCGGGAAGCAGAACAUCCAUGUGAGUUUCGAACUGCCCAUCAAAUGUGUCAAACAGGUAUUGAGUUGUCCAGGUCGCACAUGCUAUCAUCGACGGCGGGUUCCAGGCAUUGCCACCAACAACUCGCGCGAAGAUAGGCACACUCCUCCGAGUGGGCCGGUCGAGAAUCCAGACCCAUCAUCCAAGCUGAGUCCAGAGAGCAUCGCGAAGGCAAGGCAUCCGAUCGUAAUGUUUGUUUUGAUCCGCUCAUCUUGUGCCCAGUCGUACAUCUAUCUUGUCCGCCAGGAUCAAUCUUCGUGGACAUGGGAGCUUGAUCUCCGUCCUGCUCACGAGAAGUGGUAAUCGAUCCGGGCUAGGCAGUUUUAUCUCCAGUCAGACGUUGAAUGACCUUCGAUAAUCGAUUUGAAAUUCUGAUGCACAUGCUACCGACCGAAGAAUCUUAAUCAACUUUUGAGCGUGGGCUGACGACGGACAUAGCAUAAAACGCGGCGUCUGGCGUAUGGAAUGACACCAGUUCUUCUCCCACUCCAACGGCCAUGUCCAAGGUUAUUCUGGUCGGAUGUGGGAUCGCUGCCCCUGUUCUUGCCCUCCUCCUCAAGCAGAGAGGAUAUCAGCCGGUGAUUUACGAGCGGCGAGAGCAGGAUGCCGACGGAGGAUUGAGCGUUCUGCUGCAGUUGAACGGCUUACGCAUCUUGUCGCUGAUUCCUGGCAUCAUUGAGCAGCUCCCUGGAAGGGUGGUCGAAGAAGCUGCGAAUUUGUCCAUUGUCCCAACAGAAGAGGGCGUUCUAUGCCGCUCCUCGUUCCCUGCAAUGGUCCGUAAGAGAUACGGAUUUGGAAUGAUGGGUGUCCACAGGCCGCGUUUUCUUGCACUUUUGGCCUCGACGGCGGCUGCCCAUGGGAUACCUAUCCACUACAACAUGAGCGUUGUCCACGUGACACAAUCUGAUCAGUGCGCGACAGUCCAUUUUGACAAUGGGCAAUGUGACUCGGCCAGUUUUGUGGUCGGCUGUGACGGACUGCACAGUGUGGUCCGCACUGCACUGUUUGGAAGAGACGCCCCUACAUUUACCGGUCUGACACAAAUGGGUGGAUUCAUUCCGAUGGCGUUUCCCGACCAGAAGCCAACAAUUUUCAACUUCUUUGGGGAUGGUCUCCACGUUAUCUCCUAUCCCGCUUCAGAGACGGGAUACAUAUGGGGAAUCACACAACGCGAAGCGGAGAUGAAAGAAACAUGGCGCGUCAUGAACUCUGCUUGCCAGGAGUCCAUCCGAUCUGGACCGUUCUCUCGGCUUCCGUUUGGCAUCGGCAAACUCAUUCAAGCUUCGGAGAGAAUUACGAAGUUCGGCUUGUACGACCGACCGGAACUGAAGUCCUGGCACAAAAAUCGUGUGAUCCUGAUCGGUGAUGCAGCUCAUCCAACCAGUCCCCAUCUCGGCCAAGGGGCGAAUCAGGCACUCGAAGAUGCAUUCCAUCUCGUCCGCAUCCUUGUCCAGAACCAUCCGGACCCCAAUUCAAAUCCGUCAACGGCCACUCUACGCGCGAUUUACAAGGCAUUCGAGGCGAAACGGAUCUCCCGGACCGCAACCUUGGUUCAGGAGGCUCGCAAAGCCGGAGAGUUGCGGGUCGUGCAGGGCUUUGAUGCAGCUUUGGCGAGGAACGAGUUUCUGAGAUCGCAGUGGUCAGAUGAGCAGGCGUUGCUCAGAUCCAAAGUUGAUAUGCUGAGCGAGCAGUGGGAGGAUUGUUGGAAUUGAGACACGCUGAUACUAAUACGCAAUAAACUCUCCAAAGCGGCAGAGUCGAGAUCUGGUGGCGGAAUGGCUUCCGCCUCGUGUUCGGCGUCCAGUGACAUGUAACCGAACCCCACAUCAAGUCGUGUAUAACAGAACUGUUCCUCACCAGAUUCUGACUGGAACACGAAUCGUUUGAGGGUCUCCAGCUCGGCUUCAAAGCGGGACAGGACAGCGUGCCAGGGGUACGGGAAAUCGAUCAUCUCGUCCCCGUCAAUCGAGCAAUCGGCGAGCUCGAGCGAUUCCAAUGUUUUCCCGUGUUGCACGAUGAACGAGAGCAUGUUGUAUUCCAGCGCAGUAUCCACGAAAACGAAGUCGUACAGCGACAAGGCUGUUAAACGGGGAAAUCGGAGGGUCGCUACGUUGAGAGCAGGCUGGGAGCCGACGCCUUGGUCACUGCGGAUCACCAGUGUGCGUACCUCAUCAGCAUAUUCCAGCAUGCUGGGUACACUGAUGUUCCAGUAAUCAACCAGCGGAUCUUGAAACGCUCGGAAUCCGUCUCGAGUGUAGAUGUCGUGUGGGACGGCGAUUAGAUUGUGGAGGGUCAAAGAUCUGAGAGUGGACAGAGGCCGGGAAGCCAAAGCCGCGAAAAUUUCUUGUUGAAGAAGAAGAUAGUGCGUCGGCUGCUCGGGGAUGUCGUGGGAACCAUCUUCUUGAAAAGUGUCGUGGAAUUCAAGAUGCAGGCUUUUCAGGCGAGGAAAGUUCGAGAGGCCCGAGAAAGCACCCGACAACGCCACUCGCCGUGCUUGCGAUUCUACCUCUUCGGGGGGACCUGAAAUCAAAUCAGUCGCUGCAUCCUGAUUCCAAAAUACUGGACAAGCCCCACUCGUCCAUCUAUCAGAAGCGGGCGCGUCAAAGCGGACGCUUUCCACCAAAGGAGCCACGCUCAAGGUGCAGGUCUCUAGGAACAGUAGCGCGGCCCCGCUCUUCACAGAAUCCGUCACAACGAUUUCGCGGAAGGCAAUGGGGGUUGCGGCGUCUCUGAGGGCGCGCGACACCAGCCGAAGGGUAAAGAUAGUCUCGUCCCACUGCGCGUCUUUCGAAAUUUGUUGUAACAAUUCAAGAGGAAGCGGGGACAUGGAGGGAGCAAGAAAAUGGCGUGGAACCAAUAAAGCGUGGCAACCUGAGAUUUGGCGCAGUCAGUCAGUACUUGGUGAACGCAAUUGAUCCGCGGUCUGAUGCAUUGGCAAAGCUGAUAACGAAAUCUUAGGUAUUACCACUGGUCGAAUGUAGAUUCGUUGCCACAACUGUUACCACAACAAGACUCCGAAAGAGUUUACGAUUGUAACUCUGUGUCGCUCAAUCAGCCUCCAGUCCAACACACCGCUUUUUGUGAGCUGGCCAGUGAGGAAUUACCCAUCGCCCCACGAGCCAGGAAAAUCAAGGAUACCUGCGUGACGAGAAGGCUGGUUGUUAAAGGUGCGAGCCUCAAGCAGGGUAAAGUAUUGCCAGUACUUGAAUGAAAGGAGGGCCGUGAUCGAAUUCGAUCACCAGGUAUCUGCUGUAUCUGCUGUGAAUCCAGAAUUUCUCAAGGAGACGCAAGGGCACCUGCACACGUAUCGCAGAAGCGCCAGCUCGGCACGGUUGACAACGUAGAUACCUGGGCCCAAGCCCCGUGGGGGUGGGGUUGGAUAGAUCAUGACUGACCUCGGGACCUCGAUGAUUCCAGCAUUUCCGCUGUCGGCUCAUAGCUUUCGGCCCAUACGACGGACACCGUGUCCAUUCAGGUCUGCAGUUGGUGGUGAGCACAAGUUUAAGAUGCAAUGGCGUCCAAUCAACCUGUCAUUGUUUCGUUGUUUGCUGUGAUUGGGAUGCACGUGAUCGAGACCCGUCGUGACGAUCAUCUGCGUCCUAGUCAGCGAUAAGUCAUAGACUACGAGAAGAAACCCGUUUCUCUUGCAUCGUCAGUUGGAAAGAAUACCUUCCUUCACAUGCUUCCGAAGAUAAUUGCCUUCGAUCUGGAUUACACUCUGUGGGAUCUCUGGAUCGACACCCAUGUCACGCCGCCGCUCACAUCAUCAGACGACACGGGCGCUGUUGUCGACGCCCACGGGACAGAGAUCGAUUUCUACCCUGACGUGCGGGCGAUACUGCGCCGUCUGAGAGCGGACGGCGUUUUUGUGGCUGCAUGCUCGAGGACGCACGCACCCGAUCUCGCGCUCCGAGCACUCAACCUCCUCCGUGUUCCCGAGUCGGAUGAGGAGGACGGUAUUGAGCCCGGAAAGCCUGCUAUCGAGUACUUUGAUAACCUGCAGAUAUACCCUGGCUCGAAACUUGCGCAUUUUCGAGCGAUACACAAGAAGACGGGAAUCCCAUAUGAGCAGAUGUUGUUCUUCGACGAUGAGUCGCGGAACCGGGAGGUCGAACGAUUGGGAGUUGUCUUCCAUUACACCCCCCAAGGGGUCAGCCACGAUGUACUUGCAGCUGGACUGAAGUCGUGGACGAAUCGCGUCAUCGGCAACUAGAUCAUUCUCAACGUUGAACUUUGAAUGCGUCUAGUCACACCAUCCCCGCAGAGAGUGCGGUGACACAUCCAGCAUGUGGGCCGGGGUCAUUGGCCUGUCCGUCUCUGACGCUGAAAAUAUAAGACGAUUGCUGCUGCAUCGCAUCUGUCAAGCGUACGAAGCCAGAGCUCGACCUGUCACCAGGCUAGCAGUGCUUCUUCUGCAGGCAGCAAACGGCAGUGAAUGGAUGGAUUAUUUGCGUUGACUCGGAACUUCUUUAACGCUUUCAUGGACUCCCUCUCCUCGAUUUUAGCACUUUCCUGGUUUAGAUCCACGAUGCCCAUCAUAAUCGUAGUCCCCUGCAUAUGCAUGCACUACUUGUGCUAUAUCACAUGUCGAGAUGACUCGCAAAGCUUUGUGACAUGUCCUCAGCUACGAGAUUGAUCAGCUCGCUGCCAAAUAGGAUUCAAUACGACUUGCUUCAUCACCUUCCGAAUUGUUGAUUCUCAAUCUCACAGAUCCCAGAACUCUUUCCCAUCCGAACGACUGCAUGCCGUAUAUCUUCGAGUCAGUUUCACCGCUCCCCAUGCGCUCUUGGGCUCCAAAUCGUAUGGGCAAUGCCCUCAAGUCGCUUUCGAUCUGCCCAUCUCCCAUCACGUCUAUCCGUCUGCCAGACUCUACGUGUCCUUAGCCAUAAAUCAAUCGCAAACUGCUAGUUCUUACCUGAUUUCGGUGUCUCUUGAGCCUUUGAUGUGUCCUGUUACACCGCCCGGUGCAUGCAUGAGUGCACCGUCAGUCAGCGCCGCGACAGCUGCUUGUCACCGCCCACAUGUAUAAAAGCGCGUGCUCUGGAGCACUAACCUCAUCAUUGCUCUUCCCGGUUUCUCCUUCGUUGUUCAUUCCUUUAUUCCCUUAUUUCCUUCUUUCUCUCGACGAGACCUUUUCUCCACGACAGUCCAAGAAUCACCGAUCACAGUAUCAACUUCACCAUGCUCGUCUUCCCCUUACUCCUUCUCCUCGCUACCGUGGCACAGACUGCCCCUAUCGCCUUGUCCAACUCUGACAAGCGUUGUGUCGGAUGGGCCAACUGUAUCCCACCCGCGCCUGCGAACAAGCGUACCGAAACUCGUUCCUUGAGCUCCGUUCUCCUCCUUCCUGGUGCAUUGCGCAAGAGGCAAGAUGAAGGUUUCGACUUUGGCUCGGAUGAUUCGGGUGAUUCAAGCUCGUUUGAUGAUACCAGCUCGUUCGACGACGGUAGCUCUUUUGACGACACCAGCUCGUUCGAUGACACCAGUUCCUUCGAUGACACCAGCUCUUCUGACGACACCAGCUCUUUCGACGACACCAGCUCGUCCGAUGGCAGCUCGUCCGACACCAGCUCGCUCGACUCUUCAACCACGUUUGACCCCUCUUCAUUCGAUUCGAGUUCAUUCGAUACCAGCUCAUCCGAUACUGGACUGGCUGACUCUACCGACACUUCAGGCUCAACCGACUCUGGAUCAGCAGAUGACGGAUCCAGUUCGUUCUUGGAUCCCAGCAGCACAGACACGACUGAUUCGGGAUCGGCAGCGGACCCCUCAGCGACCGACUCCUCGAGCACGGACAGCUCGCUGUUCGGUUCUUUCUUCGAUCCCAGCAGCACCGACACGACCGGUGCAGCUGAUCCAGCGGCUACGGAUGCAUCCUCCUCCGACAGUUCGCUGUUCGGCUCGUUCUUCGAUCCGAGCAGCACAGACUCGACCGGUGCUGCUGAUCCCGCGGCGACGGACGCAUCGACUUCCGAUGGCUCGUUUGGCUCGUUCUUCGAUCCCAGCAGCACGGACUCCACAGGCGCACCGGAUCCAGCAGCGACGGAUGCCUCGACCACCGAUGGUUCUGGGUUCGACCAGUUCCUGGACCCUACCGACGCUAGCACGGCCACUGAUCCUGCCGCCACCGACAGCACCGGUGCGACUUCUGCAUCCGACUCUACCCCGACGGACACAGUCGACACGAGCACCGAUGAUUCCUCUUCGAGCACCACUGCGGCUGCUGCAAGCGCUGGACCCACUGGUGCCACUACGAAUUCCGGCGGAGGGUCUUCGAGUCCAUCUGCUGCAUCCAGCAACACACCGAGCUCCUCCUCCUCCUCGAAUGGUGCUCUGACAUGCGGUGGUGCGGUGCCCAACGCUGCCACGAUCGCGCUCAUCAAACAGGCGGAGGGCUUUGUCCCAUCUCCGGCCCCCGACCCCAUUGGUCUCCCGACAGUCGGUUUCGGCCACAAGUGCCAGACCAAAGGGUGUGCCGAGGUCGGUUUCAGCUUCCCUCUGUCCCAGAGCACGGCGACGCAGCUCCUGCAGCGUGAUCUCGCGACGUUCGUGACCUGCGUCAACAACGCCGUGAGCAGCUCCGUGGUUCUGACGGACAACCAAGUCGGCGCGCUUUCGUCGUUUGCGUUCAACCUCGGAUGCGCCACUCUCAAGAGCUCGACUCUUCUCAAGCAGCUCAAUGCGGGCCAGGAUCCGAAUACCGUCGCUGCGGCCCAGAUCCCUCGCUUCAACAAAGCUGGUGGAAAGGUGCUCCCGGGUCUCGUCACCCGCCGCGCUGCGGAAGUUGCUCUGUUCCAGACCCCCUCCAGCGUCCAGGCACACCCUUGUUGAGUAUUCACCCAGUUGUAGUAGGUACUUGGCGCUGUGUACAAAUACAUAGUGGUAUCGAUUAUUAGAUAUAGCAUCUACAUUUGUCUACGUCGC